AUGAGCACUUCAUCUGGCAUGUCGUUCCUCCCGAAAUUUUAUCUGAGACCAAUUUUUAUUCUCGAAUACAGUAUUCUGGCUAUAGUUUGGACAACAUUUGCGGCUCUUCUAAUUUUUUCGAAGACGACCAGAAGCUGGACUCGUUCAAGAGGGCUAUCAGUGGCUUCAUUUUUUGCAUCAAAAGUGUUUAUUUUGAUUACUGUCAAUAGAUGGCUUCUAUUCGGUUUCUACGAUCCAAGAACUUACAUUCUUCUCACAAUUUCCUUAAUUCAUUUAUUCAUCGGAUCGACCCUUAGCUUUGUGGAAUGGAGACGUUAUAAAGCCUUCAUAACGGCAGAAUCCUUCGGGUAUAUUGAGCUACACGCCUCUGCUGACGAAUCAGCAGGGAUCUUGUCGCGGAUCUUUUUCUGUUGGACGAAUGUACUUAUCCAGAAGGGAGGCAAACUGCAGUUGAAUUCGAUAGACGAUGUGUUUGCUUUGCCUCCUUCGCUUGAGGUAGCAGCUAUUGAACACAAAAUGAUUGAGAAUUCGCCGACUUUUUAUUCGGAUGCUCAGCAGUAUUCCCUUUCCUCAUCUCUGUUGUCUACCUUUGGAGUGGCUUUCUUCUCACUUGCGCUACUCAGAGUCGCAUCUGAUGCGUUCACUUUUGCUGGACCUAUUUUGCUUCAUCUUCUGGUUGAUGUUCUAGAAAAUCCGACUCCAAAUCCGAUUGGCUUCCUCUAUGCCGCCCUCAUGGUCUUAUGUUCACUGCUGGCUGCUUUGUUUUCAACGAACUUCAACUUUUAUGUGCAAAAAAUUAGUCUUAAAGUACGAGCUGCAACUGUUACUUCAAUCUAUGACAAGCUGUUGAUGGUGCCCUUGAGCGAAAUGUCCAAGUUUUCAUCAGGAUCUAUUCUCAACUUUGUUUCAACAGAUGUCGACCGCUUAGUUAACUUCUGUAAUUCUUUUCAUGCGUUUUGGAGUUUACCUGUGCAACUAACCAUCGCUCUUUAUUUGCUGUAUCGAGAGGUCGGUCUGGCAUUUAUCGCCGGAGUCGUGGCUGCAGUGAUUCUAAUUCCUCUCAAUAAGUGGGUAACGAACAGUAUCGGGCGGAUGUCGGUGAAACUGAUGCACUGCAAGGAUCAGAGGAUCAAGGUAGUUCGUGAAACCAUGGAAGGUAUUCGAGCUGUGAAAUCCUCGGCAUGGGAAACAUUCUUCGAAGAAAAGAUCAAUAAACUUCGUGAGAAUGAGCUGUACUAUUUGAAGAUUCGCAAGUACCUCGAUGCUGUCUGCGUCUAUAUGUGGGCUUCGGCUCCUCUGCUAAUCACAGUUUCGAUUCUGACUACUUAUACCCUGGUGUUUCAGUGGAAACUCACCGCAGCUAAGGUUUUCACCUCAUUGGCUCUUGUUAAUAUAUUGAUAAUGCCUCUGAAUGCAUUUCCGUGGGUGCUAAAUGGGCUAGUCGAGGCUCUCGUUUCACUGAGAAGACUGCAGCGGUUAUUCUCUCUGAACAAUGUUGAUGUCCACGAUGUUUACACGCUCUCUGGAGAUAAGGAUACCUUGCUCUAUGUCAGAGAAGGUAAUUUCUUCUGGCGAGGCUCUAAACAAGCAAUAACCGAUGUGUCAUUCCAUGGCACAAGG